UGUGGAAAAAGAUGGCUGCUUCGGCGGCAACGGCGAGUUCUUCCCCCGGGUUGUGUCCAAAUUACGCAGUGAUUUGCUCCUUCCUGGAGCGGUACGGAGUGCUGUUGGACUUGCCGGAGCUCACCUUCCCGCAGCUGGAGAGAUACCUGCAGGACACAUCCUCAGUUCCAAAGCUGCUCGUCGAUCUUCACGUCAAGCUUUUGAGGAAGAUCGGCAAGUCUGUGUCAGCCGACCGCUGGGAGAAGUAUUUAGUGAAGAUAUGUCAAGAGUUCAACACAACGUGGGCGUGGGAACUCGAACAACACGGGUACAAGGAGCUGUCGACGGAGUGCAAGACGGGGAUCCUUAAAUAUUUGUGCGAGUGUCAGUUUGACGAAAAUGUCAAGUUCAAAACCGCCAUCAACGAGGAGGAGCCGGACAAGAUGCGCCUGCAGCCGAUCGGCCGGGACAAAGACGGUCAGAUGUACUGGUUCCAGCUGGACCAGGACGACAACGUGAGAGUUUACCUGGAGGAGCAGGACGACCUGGACGGGUCCUCCUGGAAAUGCAUCGUCAAAGAUAGAAACGACUUGGCCGAGGUUCUGGCUCUGCUGAAGACACAAAUCGACCCCGAGCUGUUAAAGAGAGAUCAAGAAAACAAACCUGAGAGUGAAGUUAAAAAGGCCGAGGACACAUCGGAUGAAGACAGCAAAGACUCCACCAAGGCCGUCGGUCCGGUCUCACCAAAGACGGAGAAUAACGAGAAAGUAACGCAGAAAGACGACUUAAAAUCAGAAACUUCCGACGACAAAUUGUCUGUGAAUGGCGUCAUCGAAGGUAAAAGCGAAGCGGAGCUCAGUUCAGAAAAUCCUGCGGAGGAUCUCGAUGUCGGUUCGAAAGCCCCGAGCAUCAAAGAAGAGCCGAUGGAGGUGUCGGACGCUAAAGAAGAGCCGAUGGAGGUGUCGGACGCUAAAACGAGCUCGGUGACAACAAGCGAACCCGUCUCUGAGACGCCGGGUGUGUCGGUAAAAGCAGAAAAGGCCGACGAGGCCAAGAAGAGCAGCGCGGAGGAGAUUCAACAAGCGCUGAACGACCAACAGGCCAAAAUCCCUCUGAAAAAGAGAGGGAUGAAGUUCACUGAAGACUUUGAAAAGAAUAGCGGCAUCAUAGUGCAAAACACGGCGGUUUCUCAGGUCAAAGAAGCUCCUAAAGCGGACCCGACUCCCGAACAGCCUAAGAAAGCGCAGAUUUUAAAUAUUAAUGGAGAAGUUCAGCCUGUGUCAGAGAAAGUUCUCCAGAGUCAUUCGCCAGAAAAAGACGUCGACAAAGAGCCGACGACUGAAGCGGCUGCUGGUAAAUCUGUAGAAAAGAGAGAAAAGGACUCUGAAAUCACAGAGGAGGACGCAAAGGGUAAAAAGGAUGAUGCUCGCAGUGCAGAGAAGCUCUCAGUCGCAUCGAACAAAGAAGACUCGGGCCAAAAUAAUCUAGAUGUGCAGGUAGAACAGGAAAGCUCUGCACCGAAAGGAAGGAAAGCGUCUCCAAAAGAACCGUCGCCUUUACCUAAAGACGUAAACAAUGCAGCGGAGAAGCCGUCCAAUCAUGAAGAGCAAGACAAAAUAAGAGAAACUACAAAAGACUCUUGUACAACUGACAAGGCAUCAAAUAAAACCGGAGAGUCAGAGAAAGUCAAAUGCAAAGAAGUUGAGUCAAAAGAUUCAGAGGAGAAAUCAUCGCAGUCGAGUAAGACUAAAGAAAAUGUAACAGCGGCGAAGCAAACGGAAACGAGUGACGCUAAAGAAACGGCGGCACGUGAGACUAAUGCAGAGAAAUCUACGGCUAAAGAAAAGCCAGGAGUCAUCAAAACAGACAAGGACACCGCAAAGAAAUCUGCUGACUCACCGUCCGUCAUUAAAAUGGUUACCGGUGAUAACUCAGAAGGAAAAUUCAACGCUGAAGAGAGCGUUGGGUCUUCUGUUAUUAAGAAGUUAGACGCAUCGUGUAAACCUGUGGAGAAGCAACGCGACGUCAAAGAGGCGGAGAAGCAACGCGACGUCAAAGAGGCGGAGAAGCAACGCGACGUCAAAGAGGCGGAGAAGCAACGCGGCGUCAAAGAGGCGGAGAAGAAGAUGGAGAAAGCCGGUGCAUCCUCAGAGACUAUCGCUGGAGAGACGGAGAUGACAGAGAAGAGUAAAAAGCCUGAAGGUGUAACGAAGAUGGUCAACUGUGAAGCUGUUAAACACCAUUUAAAGCCACAAGAAGACAAAGCUGAGGGUAACUCGGCUGCACGUAGGACAGAGGAAGCUUCUGUAAGGAAAGAUAAACCAUCCAGCGCUGUUGAGAGGACACCCGUCUCUAAAGAAAGUGAUAAAAAGACAGAAAGACCAGAAACCGAACAGGAAACAAAAAAUACAGAAGCAGAGCGUCCGUCAUCAGAGAGGAUGAAGGACACAGACAAGGAACAGAAGGACACAGACAUUAACAAGAAAAAGGACACAGACAUUAACAAGAAAAAGGACACAGACAAGGAACAGAAGGACACAGACAUUAACAAGAAAAAGGACACAGACAAGGAACAGAAGGACACAGACAUUGAAAAUCAAAAGGAUUCCACCACGGAUAAACUUUCAAAAACAGAUGAAACAGAAGAGAACAAACGUGCUCAUAAAGAGAGCGAAACAUCGACCAAAUUGGAGAAAUCCGGUUCCCAAAGUGUGAGCAAAGAACUCGACGGCAAAUCCUCAACUGAAACGGAGAAAGACGGUCCAGACAAAGAACCGGCUGACGAGGACGGUAAAAGCAAAAGUGAAGAAGAGUCUGCAGCAAAGAAAGAGGUGAGGAACGGUGGAGGAACUCUGACUUCCUGUCGGAGAAUCAAGCCCCGAGGCCACCGAAGGAAAGCUGCGCUUCAGAGAGACGAGAGACAAGACUCGGAGUCAGACACCAACACGGGGAGAUCUCUCCGGAGAUCACCGAGGAUCUCCAGACCGACGCCGAAGGCCGUGGAGAUCCAUGACAGGAAGGUGGAGAAGUCUCAAGCCGAGAAGAACGAAGACGACAAGGGUGAGAAGGAAGAAGAAGAAGAGGAGGAGGAGGAGGAGGAGGAGGAGGAACAGGAGGAGGAGGAGGAAGAGGAGGUGAAAGCUGUUCAAAGGAAACCAAGAGAGAAAAAGGUUGAUCAGGAGGGUCAGCCCAAACCUAAGGGGAGAAAGAGACGGAGGGUUCGGUGGUCCAACACGCGAACGCGCCGUAAAAAGAAAGGCUCCGAGGACGACAACAGCUCCGAAGAGUCCAGCGAGGGGGAGAGCGAGGACGACAGCGACGAAGACUUCAAGGUGGAGCGAAGCAGGAAGCGGCGUAACCGUAACCGAGAAAGACGAAGCUCGGACUCCUCGACGUCCUCGGACGACGACCUACCUCCCAACGACGACCCGUGCAAACACUGUGGUCUUCCAAAUCACCCUGAGCUGAUCUUGCUGUGUGACUCGUGUGACAGCGGCUACCACACCGCCUGCCUGAGGCCUCCGCUCAUGAUCAUCCCCGACGGAGAGUGGUUCUGUUCACCCUGUCAACACAAGCUGCUCUGCGACAAACUAGAAGAGCAGCUCACAAACCUCGACGCUGCUUUGAAAAAGAAGGAACGGGCCGAGAGGAGGAAAGAGCGUCUCAUUUACGUUGGAAUCAGCCUUGAAAACAUCAUCACGCCCUCAGUAAGUGCAUCAUGUCUGUUCCUUGUCUGUGUCCUUUUUCUGUAUCCUUGUCUGUGUCCUUUUUCUGUGUCCUU